UACGAAAUCGCUGCCAAAACUCUAUUGUUUUCUUCUUGCGUCUGGACUGUUGCAUCCUUUUUGGAUUUCUACAUCAAUCUUUCAAGAUUGAGAUCAGGUAAUGUAUGAGUUUUGGUGAUUUAGUGAAAGUUACAAACUUUGAAGAGCUGUCUUCUGAAGAAACGGUGAGCGUUGGGGAAAGUGAGGAAGUGAGGGCAUUGGAGUAUGGUGAUGUGGGUAUAACCAGUGAGUCAUCUGAUUCGGAGAAGAUGGAGGAAGGGGUAGGAAGAAGUGAGAUGGUUGGGGUAGAGGGAGAUAGGGUUCCCGUUACUGUAGUAGAAGUGGAAGGUAGGAAUGAAAGGUGUUAUGAUAUAGAUGCAGACAUUGUGUCUGAGGCCUGCUGGGGUAGAGGAGAGGGCAUGAUCUGCACCUCGGGAUCAUUGGAUGCCCAUGGGGGUAGUAGAAAGGACAAGGGGUGUUUAAAUGAGGAUGAGGAGGAAGAGUUGGGGAAGUUGGUGAGGGAGGGAGCUAAUUUAGUUAACAUAAUGUACCUCACCAACGCGGAUUGUAUAGAGGUUGCUAAGCUCUAUGGGCCAAGCGCUUUGAGUGAAGCUGAGAUGGAUAAGUUUUUAAAUGCUGUUGGGGGGGUGGCCAUUCUAAAGAAAUCGAGGAAGAAGUCAAAGGCUUCAACUAAGGAGGGGAGUGAGGUGGGGACUGGGAAAGGGUUAGUGCUUAACACCUCGGCUAGAGUUGAGGAGGUGGGGCCUAGGCCGGAGCUGAAGAGGAAAGGCGGUGAGGAGUUGGGAGCACUGCAGAGAAAGAAAAAAGUGGUGGAGCAGGAGGCUAGGAGGAGCGAGAACAGUCUCUUUGAUGCGAAGAACACAACGGGGGCAAAAAGGUUUAUUAACACAACCUUCCCCGAAGAGGACAAGCAUCAAGCUAAGGAAGAGGUGCUAAAGUAUUGUGGGGCGAUUGUGGUGAAGCACGCUCUGGAGUGUGAGCAGCUGCAAAAGGAGAAGGAGGAGCUGGAGAAGAAGAACAAGGACAUGCAAGAGGCGCUGGAUGAGGUGGUAUCAGCAAUGAAGCAGCUUGAGCAGGAGAAGGAUUUUGAGAUGGAAGAGCACAUCAACAACUUCGUCAACUCCAGCUCGUUUGACAACAUUAUCAACCUCUACCGGCUGCCUACUACGAUCCUCGCCUUCACUGAUUGCAGAAAGAAGGUGAAAGCUGAAUAUCCCGAAGUGGAUAUAACGAAGAUCACCUUCGGCGAACAAGAGGAAAGGGUGGAGGAAAAUGGUGAGAGUAUGUUAGCAGACUUCCGUCUUGAGAUUAAACUGAGGUGGGAUCAUGAUGAGGAAGGGCGCACCGUUUUUCCCCCAAGCUUUGACUUCGAGUUUGUGGCAGUGGAGGAAGAAGAAGCAGAGGUAGAAGGUGUUGGAGUUGAGGAAAAUCAGCCACCUCUUCCAGUGGAGGUCCAUUCAAUUCCUUCUGACGAAGAGCAGCCACCUCAGCCAGCGGAGCAGCCACCUCUUCUAGCAGAGCGGCAGCCACCUCAGCCAUCACCCCUAGUAGCAUAAUUAGGAGUUUUUAUUUUUUGAUCUUUCUUUUUUACUAACAUUGAAACAAUUGAUAAUUUAAAUAGUUUGUAACUUGUAUUAUUUGAGUUUAAUAAAAAUUUUUGUUUUUG